UCCCAAACGGCUUGCCAUACAUUUAGGCGGUAACGAUGAUGUUACUCCGAACACGAAAAAUGCUAUACUUGACUUCGCCAUUUUAUUAAGAAUACAACAAUUAGAAGUAACCAUUGCUGGUUUUACUAGCGAUUUAAAAGCAAUGAAUAACCAAUUGGAUAACAAAGCCGAAAGACAAGCUCUAUACAUAACAAACCAAAAAGUGUUGGCAUUGAGCAACGAUGUGAACGCCAUCAAGAGCCCCAGUUCGAUUAAUAAAAUGCCCACUUCAUGUGGAGAUCUCAAGGACAUUGGCUUUGUAAAAAGCGGAAUAUACUCUGUCAUAGACAACAGUAAAGUCGAAAACGUCUACUGCGAUUUUACUAAACCAAGCGAUGCAGGUCUCCAGAAAUUGAUCGGAUAUGUAAAUGUCAAGACUACCCCUGUUUAUUUUUACGCCCAGAGAACAGGGUUUUACAGCACUACCGGUACAGCCCUUCCAUUUGACGAUGUCAAGAUUAAUAUUGGCAAUGCCAUGGAUACUUCGUCUGGAAUAUUUAACGAUCCUACACCGGGAAAAUAUUUCUUCGCUUACACUGGUCUGUGUUCCGACAAAGACACAAAAAUUCAACUACAGAACCAGACUAUGGCCGUGACAUGGACAGCAAUCGGAGAAUCUCAUUGCACACCGUAUAAUGCUUUGGCGAUUCAGGCAACUGUACAACUUGAUGAAGACGAUGAAGUGCAAAUAUACCUUCUUGAAGGAACAAUUCAUGACGGGGAUGGUAACCAUUUCAGCAACUUUUUCGGAUGGCUACUAGAGGAAGAUUUGGUUCUUUGACAACAAUGAAGUCCAUUCGACCACCUUCCGUUUGAAUGCUGCCGCCUUGCCUACUAUUGUUUGAAUUCACUCCUUCGUAGCUUGAUCAAAAUUCCAACCAAAUAAAUACCAAUAAAUACAAAUAACUUAAAAAUAUGCUCACUCCAUAAAAGAAGCUCCUGAGUUAAGACAAGUUCAACAAGAUCGGGACUCGGGAGCUGCUCGCAGAUUCAGGUAUUGGGAAUACAUUAAAAAAAACUUAAUUGUAAUACUUGUUUACAGACUAGUUAACAAAAUCAUCUGUAUUUCUUGAUUGACAAAAAGAAAAAGUUCCGAUUUCCCCAUAUCAGAUUUAUCGCAACAAAAUGCAAAUUUAGACAAACAGAACAGAAAAAAAAAUAUUUCUUUUUGGUAGUUCACAAUAUCAGUAGAACACACAAAACAAUAAACUUGUUCAAGAACAUGAGAAAUUGAAAAAAAUUUCCUCAUCAAGCAAUAAAGCCGUUUGAAAACAAAA